AUGAGCUACAUUUUUACGUCAUUUUGUACAUGUAUUGAGAAACAUCUGCUGGUUUCUAAAAGACAAUAAGAGCGUGUUUCUUUGUGCUCUUCACGUCUGGAAAAAUUAUUGAGUAACUUUUACUGUUGUAAACAAAAGAAAAUGACAACCAGUCUUCUGAUUGGUCCAGUAAUUAAGCCCUUCAGCCAAUCAGGGUGUUGGCUGAAAGUAGGUCAUGCAACAAUGUGCAGUGAAGGAAGGAGAAAGGAACUAGGCAGACAUGUUCCUCCUAAGAAGCCUUAUAGUUCCUGAGUUGUUUGAGUGUGGUGAUUUGCACUUUGAGUCUGUGACACAAAGUAAGUGAGAAGAAGGUCAGUCGCUGCCCGAUGGCAAUGCAAAUGAAGAACUUUCAGAAUGGGUCCAGCCACCAAGACACACUUUAUCACAGAGCCAUCAAGAAUCAGCUCUGCAAACCCAAAGUGUGUGAAGGCUCAGUCAUGAACCCAAAGACUCUAAUUCGUUCCCCUGCCAACACCCCACCAGGACCUAAUGAGCUUCUCAUUCAGGCCAUUGACUUCAUCAACCAGUACUAUAAGUCCUUCAAAACGUCUAAAAUUGAGGAGCACUUGGCCCGUGUUGAUGAGGUGGCCCAGGAAAUCGAUGCCACAGGAACUUAUCAGCUCACCACUGAAGAGCUGGCAUUUGGAGCCAAACAGGCAUGGAGGAACGCGCCAAGGUGCAUUGGUCGGAUUCAGUGGGCUAAUUUACAGCUGUUUGAUGCUCGCCAUUGCAAGACUGCCAAGGAAAUGUUCCAGUUCAUGUGCUCUCAUCUGAAAUUUGCCACAAAUGGAGGAAAUUUAAGAUCGGCUAUCACUGUGUUUCCGCAAAGAACAGAUGGGGAGCACGAUUUCCGUGUUUGGAACGGUCAGCUAAUAAAAUAUGCCGGCUACCAGAUGGAGGAUGGUAGUGUGGUUGGGGAUCCUGCCAGUGUGGAAUUCACGGAGCUUUGUAUCCAGCUUGGAUGGACACCAAAAUAUGGGCUCUUUGAUGUGCUGCCACUGGUCCUGCAAGCUAAUGGAGAAGAUCCUGAACUGUUUGAAAUUCCGCCAGAACUGAUAUUGGAGGUUGAAAUGGAGCAUCCUCAUUACGAGUGGUUCAAAGAUCUGAACCUCCGGUGGUACGCCCUGCCCGCAGUGGCCAACAUGCUGAUGGAGAUUGGUGGUCUUGAGUUUACAGCUUGCCCCUUCAAUGGCUGGUACAUGGGCACUGAGAUUGGAGUGAGGGACUUCUGCGAUCCUCAGCGCUACAACAUUCUGGAGAAGGUUGGCUGUUAUAUGGGCUUGGAAACUCAGAAGUUGUCCUCACUGUGGAAGGAUGAAGCUCUGGUUGCCAUUAAUGUUGCUGUGAUUCAUAGUUUUCAGAAAAAUAAGGUGACCAUCACCGAUCACCACUCUGCAGCCGAGUCCUUCAUGAAGCACAUGGAGACUGAAGUGCGUCUGCGAGGAGGGUGUCCUGCAGACUGGAUCUGGCUGGUGCCGCCCAUGUCUGGCUCUCUUACCCCAGUGUUCCACCAGGAGAUGAUCAGCUACAUCCUCUCCCCUUUCUUCUACUACCAGACUGAUCCCUGGUUAACACAUGUCUGGAAAGAUGAGGAGAAAGGACUGAAGAAGCGAAAAAGAAUUAGCUUUGGAGCACUGACAAAGGCUGUGGUCUUUUCUCAAAUUCUCAUGCAAAAAGCUUUAGAGAACAGAGUCCCUUGCACCAUUCUAUAUGCGACUGAAACUGGAAAAUCUCAGACUUUUGCCAAAAAGCUUAAGUCUAUGCUGAGCUGUGCCUUCAAUCCCAGGCUGCUCUGCAUGGAGGACUACAGAUUUGGUGAUCUUGAGAAAGAACGCCUUCUGAUAGUGGUGACCAGCACCUUUGGCAAUGGGGAAUCUCCAGGAAAUGGAGAGACUUUCCAGAAGAAGCUCAUGGGUAAGAAACAACUCAAAAACAACCUCAGGUACUGUGUUUUCGGCCUGGGCUCUCGGAUGUACCCGCAGUUCUGUGCGUUUGCUCAUGCUGUGGAUGAUAAGCUUGCAGAGCUGGGAGCCAAGUGUGUGACCCCCAUAGGAGAGGGUGACGAGCUGAAUGGCCAGGAUGAGGCGUUCUCUGCCUGGGCCUGCACUGCUUUUAAGGCUGUGUGUAAGGAGUUUGGCAUUGAGGGUCAACUGUCAGGAGCUGAGCGUCUAACAGACAGCUGGGACCCUCAGAAGAUCAGAGUUCAGCCUGACAGCUCCACCUUGGACUGCAUUUCUGCUCUCUCAGCCCUCCACUCUAAGACUGUGUUCCCAAUGAAGCUGAAAAGGAGGAAGAACCUGCAGAGCUCUCAGUCAAGACGCUCUACAAUCCUGGUGGAGCUGGAGGUACAUGGAGCAAAGGAUGUGCUAAAUUAUGCUCCCGGAGACCAUGUGGGCGUUUUCCCAGAGAACUCACCUGAGCUGGUGACUGGAAUCCUGAAGCACAUCCCCAGCGUGCCUCCCACCAAUCAGAGCCUCCACCUUGAGUACCAAGCAAAUUCUGGAGGUGUGGGAUGGCAGAAGGAUGAACGUCUCCCAGCAUGCUCCCUGACUCAGGCUCUUGCAUACCUUCUGGAUAUCACCACUCCACCUUCACAAGGCCUCCUGCGCAAACUCUCACAAGUGUCCAAGAAGGAAGAUGACUGUCAGCGGCUGCUGGCUCUAGCUUCGGACUUUAAGAGUUACUCAGAAUGGAAGGAAUUCCGUAAGCCCAACUUUUUGGAGGUUCUGGAGGAGUUCCCGUCGCUGGAGGUCUCUGCAGCCUUCGUCCUCAGCCAGCUGCCCCCGAUGAAGCCCCGCCUCUACUCCCUCAGUUCUUCUCCUGACCUUCACCCUAAUGAGCUUCAUCUCACUGUGUCUGUGGUCAACUAUCGAACCCAAGAUGGAAAGGGUCCUCUUCAUCAUGGAGUCUGCAGCACAUGGCUCAACACUCUUAAAGAUGGACAUACGGUUCCAUGCUUUAUUCAUGGAUCCAGUGGGUUCCACCUUCCACCAGACCCUACCACCCCUACUAUCCUGAUUGGAGCUGGCAGUGGCAUCGCCCCCUUCCGCAGCUUCUGGCAACAGCGCUACCAUGACAAGGAAAAGAAAGGUCUGAAAGAGAGUCCAAUGAUGCUGGUGUUUGGCUGCCGUGAUUCAGACACAGAUCAUCUGUAUAAAGAAGAAACUUAUGAGAUGAGAGACAACGGCACUCUGAAGAGCAUCACUCCAGCGUACUCUCGCCAGCCUGGACACCCCAAGGUGUAUGUUCAGGAUGUCCUGAAGAAGCAGCUCAGUGAGGAGGUCUGGCAGGCCCUGCAGAAAGCUGGUCAUGUGUACGUCUGUGGGGGCAUGAACAUGGCCCGGGAAGUGGCACACACCAUACAGGAUAUUGUGGCCGGUCAGCUGGGCGUACCUUUCUCAGAGGCUGGGGGAUACCUGGAACGAUUAAAGGCUGAGAAAAGAUACCAUGAAGACAUCUUUGGAGCAUAGCUCUGCUACCUGUCAGAAGAUCUAAGGAAGGUCAUUAUUAAAACCUAAGAAAGGUCAUUAUUAAAACCAGGCUUUUAUAAAGUUAUUUUUUAUGUAUUUAUUCUUGCACAGCUUCCUCCAGCAGUCGCAAAAUCUUGUGUUUUCAGCUUCAAGAUGAAGCCAUAGCCUACAAACUUCAUAAUCUAUAUACUGCUAAAUUAAUAUAUAAGCACUAUUUCGGAAUUAGUAUAGUCAUUUUCGUUCUAUUUUGUAUUUUAGUUCUGUUUCUGCUGUUGUCUGUAUAUUUUUAUUUGACAUGAUAUGAUAUUUCCUAUACAUUAGCAAGCUUUUGACUUUUUAACUGGGCCCAUUAUACUAUCACUUCAGACUUUUCCUCUGUAAAAUUCCUAACACAGUUUGUAUAACUCUAUAUUAUUAUCAUGUGCUUUGUAUAAGUCUAUUGCUUGUAAAGAAAAGUGUAUAUUGUUUUGUGUUUGUCUGAUUAUCCAGGCUUUAAUGUAUGCCAUUGUAAUGAUAAAAUAACUAUGUGUAGCCUAUCCAGGGCAGAAUCAGGGCAAAAGUAAAAUACCCUGAACUACUCUUAAUAAUAUCUUUAACUUAUACUCUCUAACAACGUCUGUCUGUAAGAUGUAUUAUUUAAAAUGUUUAAUUUUAAAUAAAGCAUUGCAUUAAAGAUUU